GAACAUAAAACUGCAGCUUCCGGAAAUAGCCGAAGCCGCUUUGCAAUCGUUGAAUGCCAAGACCCGAGAAUGACCCGAAGUUGAAGCUAAUUUAAUGCUGUUUCUGCUCUGCUUAUAACUACAAGACUGCUAAAGUAGCUGCCAGUGAUAAGAAACGAAAAGUCGUGUUCCUGCAGAGCCAAGUCCCCAGUGGUUGUUGUUUCUACUGUAAUAUAGACCCUAGAUCCAGUGCUUUAACACACCAGCUGUGAAGUUAUCCAGCCUGUUACUGCCUGCUCUUGGGUGGCAGUAAGUUAACGUGAGGAGCUGAAGAGAUGGACCAGAACAACAGUAUACCACCCUUCCAGGGGCUGGCUUCCCCUCAGGGCGCCAUGACCCCCGUCAUGCCAAUGUUCAGUCCCAUGAUGCCAUAUGGCUCAGGCCUGACACCACAGCCAGUACAGAACACCAACAGUCUGUCUAUACUGGAGGAGCAGCAGCAACAGCAACAACAACAGGCACAGCAGGCCAGCACAGGCCUUCCAGGGACGUCGGGGCAGACCCCUCAACUCUUCCAUUCCCAGACAGUAACAGGCACGACCACCACAGCAUUGCCGGGAAACACGCCGCUCUACAACACCCCGCUGACGCCCAUGACCCCCAUCACACCCGCCACACCUGCCUCAGAGAGCUCUGGCAUUGUACCACAGCUACAAAACAUAGUAUCAACUGUAAACCUGGGCUGUAAACUGGACUUGAAGACCAUUGCACUGAGAGCCAGAAAUGCAGAGUACAACCCAAAGCGUUUCGCUGCGGUCAUCAUGAGAAUACGAGAGCCCAGGACCACCGCUCUCAUCUUCAGCUCUGGAAAGAUGGUCUGCACCGGAGCCAAGAGUGAGGAGCAGUCAAGGUUAGCAGCCAGAAAAUAUGCCCGUGUGGUGCAGAAGCUCGGUUUUCCUGCUAAGUUCCUGGACUUUAAGAUUCAGAACAUGGUGGGCAGUUGUGAUGUGAAGUUUCCCAUUCGACUUGAGGGAUUAGUCCUGACACAUCAGCAGUUUAGCAGCUAUGAACCAGAGCUGUUUCCAGGACUGAUUUACAGAAUGAUCAAACCUCGAAUCGUCCUGCUCAUCUUUGUUUCUGGAAAAGUUGUACUCACAGGUGCCAAGGUGAGAGCAGAGAUCUACGAGGCAUUUGAAAACAUAUACCCCAUCCUGAAAGGUUUUCGCAAGACAACGUAGAACCUGUAGCGUUUUCUGUAAUUGUGUCCCCAUCCAACUCUUUUUACUUCGAUGUUUUUGAAGAGUCACAUCAAAGUGUCUUCUUUAUGUUGACCUAAACGAGUGGACUGCUGUAAGGGCUGUUGUGUGAGGAUGUGGCAGUGUCACCUUUUACUUUUCGUCCCUCUAGAGAUUCAGAUUUUUUUGGAGAUCAGGAUUUUAAACAUUUUUUUCCCCCCAGUGUUUUGCUCACAUGUUGGUAUAUUUAAACUUUUUAGUUUCUACAAGUACUUUUCUGUCCUGAUCACAUCCCUGAUUGUACAUAAGACUGUAAAAAAAAAUGUAAAAACAAUUAUUAGAAGAGAAGCAGUCUGACUGGGACUGUUUUUGACUUUAUUUUAAGCAGUUUUAAACACUUUUGUACUUUACAUUUUUAUUCAUUGUUCAAUCCCCAAAUUGUAUCAAGACAUGUUCUGUCAGAGUGACUAUCUUAUACAAACCAAUAAGCUUUAUGUGAGUCUUCAUGCCUUCUCCAUUCAGAUGCUCAUUUAGUUGCUCUUAAACUUUGAAUUAAUUGCCUCAAUUGAUCCAAGUUUUAUUUCCAAAGUUGUCAUUUCUAGUUGGUUCUUGAAGGUUUUGUUACUUGGUUUAAGGUCCUGGUACAUUUACUGUUUAGUCUGAAACAGAUAAAGUGUAAUUUCAGACAGAAGUGUUUUAAUGUUUAAAAAGUAUGUAAAUAGUUUAUUUUUUUUACUUCAGUUGUAAUGACUGGACCUCAACCUUGAGGGGGUGCUGCUCUGCAACUUUGUGGACUAAUAGACACCCUGUUAGAGCAGUUGGGUUUGGAAAUUUAGACAAAUUUAGGCAGGAAUGAAAUGUAAAGAAAAGAUGGGUUUUGGUCUAAAAAAGAAGAGGCUGCCAUUGUCCUCCUAAAUUCACAUGUAGCACUGAACAGCAGUAUAAUGGGAGAUAAUCUAUACAUCAUAUUGCCAUGUAUAUGUAUUGUUUUAAAGUUUUCAUAUGUAUUUUUUGGCUAUUCCAAACAGCAUUUAAUAGUUUUCUUUUGAGAAUUAUUUUUUUCGACCAUUGGAAGACGUGACUGUCCUGGUUCUUCGUGCUUUUUGCUCAGGCACACACUUCGACAAAAAAAGGACAUUUAAAAUAAGUCUAAAUAGCGAAUCCUUCUUGAUUUGCUCAUGUGUGAUCCAGCCAGGUUCAGCUGGACACAUUCCUGACAACAAUGUAAACAUUUAGCUGUUAACCAGCUCAGUAAUUUAGGUUUUCAGCCCACUGGGUUACUAUGUUCCUUAAAGUCAGUUUGAUCACUUGUCUUGCAGUAGCAGAAGAUGUUAUCAAACUCUGUUACAUUUACUGCUUCUUCUGAAAUUGUUAAUGUGCUGCACUGUGCAUUAAUAAAUUAUGUACAUACUGA